CGGGACCGGGACCGGGACCGGGACCGGGACCGGGACCCGUACUGAGGCAGCCCCGCCGCCGCCUCCCACAAUGCCCCGCGGGCCGCCCCCGCGCCACUUCCGGGAUGGGACUUUCUCCUCGGCGGCCUCCCCGCUCUCUAUGGUCGCCAGGUGUGGUUGCCUCCGUGCUCUCUCCGCUCCCCGCCCCGCCGGCGCUGCGCAUGCGCGGGAGGCGGCCGUGCCCUAGCAACCGGAGCGUGCGGGGUAGCAACGGCAAUGGCAAAAGCAACGACUAUCAAAGAAGCUCUAGCCAAGUGGGAAGAAAAAAAUGGCCAGAAGGCUUCAGAGGCAAAAGAGGUGAAACUGUACGGCCAGAUUCCUCCUGUAGAGAGGAUGGAUGAAUCUCUCUCCACCCUUGUUAACUGCGAGAAAUUGUCAUUGUCUACAAACUGCAUUGAAAGAAUCGCCAACUUGAACAGCCUAAAAAAUUUGAGGAUUCUGUCUUUGGGAAGAAAUAACAUAAAGAACUUGAAUGGAUUGGAGGCAGUUGGAGACACGUUAGAGGAGUUGUGGAUCUCGUACAACUUCAUUGAGAAACUGAGGGGUAUCCGUGUAAUGAAGAAGCUGAAGGUUCUUUAUAUGUCAAAUAAUUUGGUGAAAGACUGGGCAGAGUUUGCGAGACUGGCAGAGCUGCCAUUACUAGAGGAUCUGGUGUUUGUAGGCAAUCCACUACAAGAGAAAUACGCCUCUGACCAGAAGAACAAUUGGAUUGAAGAAGCAACCAAACGGGUGCCCAAGCUGAAAAAGCUGGAUGGUAUCCUAGUUAUUAAACAAGAAGAAGAUGAAGAAGGAGGAGGAAACUGAUGAGACUUGUGUUCUGGGUAUUUAAUUAUUUAAGUAUCUCCAGAUUGCUCAGCACAUAGAACUUCGAUAUAAACAUUUGUUUUGAAGAAAAUCUUUGGGCAAUUUUUAGAAGACCAGCUUAUCUCCACCGUCUCUCACCCAAAGAAUUAUUUACCAAAAUUCAGGCACACCAAUUUUGUCAAGCUUGUGACAUCUUCUGCAGAGACCAGUGGAGCUGAGUUUAUCUGCUGUUUGGUUAGUAAGUAAUCUUUACCUAAAGUAAUACCUAGCUAUUCCUAAUCCCUGAUUAGUGGUGCUUGUUGUCCACUCUCGGGUUAUAAUACAACAAUUUUAGCUUGUUAGGUGCAGCUGGCCAAUGUUCGUUUGAAACACUGAGGCUAAACAAUGUUGUGUUUUAUAGAUACAUUACAGACUUUGUUAUGUUUAAUUUUCUCAUGGGAAUCCCUUAAUAUUUUAAGUAUGUGAAUUUGCCUUUUCAUCCCCUUAACUAUUAUGCCAAAUAGGCCCAGUAGUUGUGGAUGUACGCACAAAAAAGGUAUUGGGCUCAUGAUCUUUUGUUACUGGCCUUAAGUUUUGAACUGGGCUUCUUGCAUUGGAACUCGUAGCUUUGUAGCUUAGAAGGCCACGUACAAUGUGUAUGUUUGUUUAUUUUAAAGAGGCAAUGGGAAUUCUUUGCAUGGUUUCAGUGAGACUAAAAUGUCUGCUAGCUUUUUGUCUCUCAUUAAGAAAUUACUUUGAUUGGAAAAAUGUAGAUUAUUAGUCUACAGCUGGUUCCUAGUUUUGUUUUGGCUCACUGAUGGACAUAAUCCUUCUCAGCUCUGGAAUUUUCCUGUAACUUAGUAGGCUAAUACUAACUCAAAUAGUGAUCAAAGACCUGGGCUUGAGAUUUAAGAUUCUGGUUUUGAGGUACUCAUUUGUUUUUUUUUUAAAGCACAGAUGUAAGCAGUGAGUGGAAUGUGUAUGUAGUUACUGAGGAAGGUGAGAUGAGAUGGGAAGCGGGCGCUGGAAAAUAAGUUUUGAAGACAUACUAAAUGUGCUAUAUUGCAGGCUAACCAGUUUUAAUAAAGCCCCCUUAUAUGACAGGUAACUAUUUUUUAGUGAAAAGUGCUAAAACAAUGAAGACAUACUCGAUUGCACUGUUGGAUGCCGAAUGUUUUUACUCCCCUUUCCUCUCUUUAGAGAAUAGAUCAAGUGAUCUAAGUAGAUUUUUUUAUUUAUUUUUUAAGUUUUUGUUCUAAUUCAUGGCAUCAUCUUUGUUUAAAUUAGAAUGGCAAGAAGCAUGCUUCCUGGUUUUAGAACAGGCAUAUAAGGGAUGGAGGCAGAAUGCCACUUUUAAUUGUUUUGUUUGUGAAGGUAUGGCAGGGGUUGAUAGCCUGGAAGUCAUGGUCAGAGAGAAAACGAUGGAAUUGGCCUAGGUGACAGUGAUACUGAUCUCAAGCUCCAGGUAUAAUUUUAGUAGAAGAUAUAAAUUGAUUAGCAAUAGAAUUCAGUGAAAAGUGUGAAGCGGAAGAUAACAAGGAAAUCAGCACUUAGUUUCAAUAUAUUCUCUCUCAUUGGUCUUGAAGUGUUAGAAGAAUUUGUAAGCAUUCCAAGUUAAGUUGGCAAUUGCAGAUAAGAUUUGAGUUUGAUUUAGAGCCCUUUCUUAAUAGAAGGCCAGAAGAGCAAUGGCAAAUGCUGUUGACAUUCCUCAUCCAGCACAAACCAUUUCUGGACAGCAGCUCCGGCAAGCAGAAGCUGGUUCUUAGUUAACUUGAUCACUGGAUUUAUUUUACAGAUUUUGUACCCACAUGUAAUGAUAAGGAGUCAACAACGAUUUCACAUUGUCCUCUUUUAGAACUAAUCCAUGAAGUUCACUAGCAGCUACUUUUGGAAAAGUGGACGUGCUCUGAAAAUACCUAUCUUCUGGCACAUGCAGCCUCUACUGACCACCUUUUGUGUUAGGGUGAUAGGGGAUUGGUACGUGCUCUUGACUACUGUGAUUAAAAUGUGUUUAUCCUGAGUCAGAGCUGGAGUGGAACAAAACCUGACUUCUGGAUAAUACUAACAAAAGGAAAAGUCAAAUUCAUGUAUGUGUGUGUGGAGAUAGAUAUUUCCAGAAUAGAAUCAUGGAGCUUGGCCAAGAAGCAAUGCAUUCAAACCUCUGUAACUGUUUUCUCCUAGUAUAAUUUCUAAUUAUGGUAUGUAGGGCUUAAUUAGCUCCUCAGAUGAAAUGAGAGGAUGGGGAGAUAGAACGUGGUCCAAUGCCAUAUAAUCCUACUGGUUGAUUUUUUUAAUAUCUAAAUGUGAUCUAAGUGUGUACAUUUAUGAAGGCAGUAUUGGAAAGAGCAAAGACUCAGACUAUUUUGGGGCAGUCUAAGAACAGAAGAGAAAGGUAAGUGUUCUAUGUGGUGACAACUGGAACAAAGCACAGCUCCCUUGUCAAGACUUGGGGGGGUGAAAGAACGAUUCCUGGCUCUUGUAGGUGACAAGGAAGGGCUGUAGGUAAUCAGGCUGGCUCUUGUAAGUGACAAACAGAGGCUGUGUGUAUGGUGAUCAGUCCAACAGUAACUGGUGCAGGUGUUAGGUGGUGGAGCUGGGGGUAUCAUGUAGCCCACUGCCAUCAGCUCUUUUAAUGGAUUAACAGCACAAAUUCUCUAGCUCUUAGUUUGGGCUGCAGUAUAAAUACCACACACACACACACACAAAUCAUUAUUGAAGGAACAAGGUAUCCAGAAUCAGCACCAUUGUAACAGCAGUAAGGUACAUUUACAAACUUUCCUCUACUGUUCACCCUUCAUGCUGCAGUAUCUCAGCAUAUAAAUUAAAACCCUUCUGAAGUUUCAGCUUAAUGUUGCUGUGCCUGAUGAAUUGCGGUUAUUGUCAAGAACAAAGCUAAACCCUGUUAACUUUCUCCUCCAGAAUAAGAAAAGUUUUCAUAAAUUUUUAAAAUUUGCACUUUAAAAUUAUGCACUGGAUGUGGUGGAAGAUGUACGCAGAUGACAGAAUUACAGCAGCAGAUUUGCAUACUAAUGGUGCUGCUGCACUCUGUCAUUUAUAAGCUAACAGAUGAUCAGACUGCAUGCCCCUGAGGCGUGGCUGAGUAGGAUGUUGAAGGACUUGUCUUUCUGUAUUAUUCUUUGCGCUUCCAUAUCUCACCACAUCCAUUAAAGUCCUAAGCACAUUAUUAGUCAUGGAUGAAAAGAGCACCCAUGUAAAACUUGCAAGCCAUGUGGAAUCCUGCUUUUCCCACUGAAAUUAUGGAGGAUUAGCAUCCACUUUAUUCCUUAGAAAAAUAUCUAAAAUUAAAUUAGAGAUAGGAAAUAAGUAUUUUACCUACUUGUUAGCACACUGAUCUCUCUUCAAAGAACCAAUGUAUGCGGUGAUUAUGUUGCGAAUGGCUGGAAAGAGACCUGAGAACCAGCAAAUGACUCAGGUUACACUAGAAGUAGACUCAUCUAGAAAAAUCUUCAAGCAAGAGAGCACUUUUAACAUCUACUUUUGAUUACCUUUUGUAUACAGUAAUUUUGUAGCAUGACCAAACUGUUAAAAUUGCUGUGUUUAAAUUAUUUAGGCCUAUGUUUAUAAAUGAUCUUCUGUGAAACUUGUUUAAAAAUAAUAGAACGUUAUUUUAUACAAAAAACUUUGGCUGUUGUGUAAUGGAAUAGUUCAACUUCUGGAGAGCUUUCAGAAAUUAAAUGUUGUUCUCAUUAAAAACUUUCCUAGCUGCUCAGGGAGCAAUUUAGUUUGUAAGUGCUGUCCCUUAUUGCCUCUAUAUUUUAGAAUAGAAAAUAACUUAGACUUCAAAAGCAUUGAUAUAUUGUGAUUGUUGUCAUCUGAUACAUAAAUAUUUUUCGAUCUUUUAAGAAAGACAUUGGUUGUCAGAUUUGUUCUUAGGUCCUAAGAAAAAAUGUUUACCUUUAUAUAGGGAAAAAAGGCCAUUUUAUGUUAAAUAAAGGGUAAGUCUUACUUCAAC